AUGAUUUCAAAAGUAUUCUUGAUCGUUAUGGCUGCGGCCUCUAUGGUCCUAUCCAGCCCAGUGGCACUCGAGCGCCGGGUAGAUGCCACGAACAUCACUUGUACUGACGCAACUGCAAAUAUUGACGAACACAACAAGAAUGUCGCCACCCUCUCCAUCUGCGGCGGCAUUGCCGGAACCAUCGAGAAGUGCGAGGGCGCUCCAACAUCCACAGAAGGCGCAUCAGGCGAUGCCAAGUUCACGCUGAACCCAACAGUCGCCGGUGCCACCAUCAACAUCUCCAAAGGCAGGUGGGAGCAGUGCAUCGACUCGGCCGAGGCUGUGUGCCCAGGCGGUCAGGCUUACACGGCUACGUGCCCCGGCGGUGCGUCGUCUGGCGACAUUGACUUUGCUUUGACCAAGCAAUGA